AUGAACGUCUUUUCUGAAGACAUUGCUGAAGAGAUCCGCACAAAUCUUCCCGGAACGGAGGAGAUAAUUGUCCAAUACAUCUCUGGCUACCUCCUCGAUCUCGACGAUGCCGCAGAAGAUGAGGAUGUGCUCAACAUUACUCGGAAUAUCCUUGAGUCGGCUGUUCCUUCGUCCUUUCGCAAAGCACGGGUGCCCGCGCUGGACAAGUUGAUGCAGACUCUGGCGAAGAUGCUGGCUGAGCCGCUCAGCAAGAGAGAUGAGAGGAACAAGGCUGGAAAGGACACGAAACUGGUACGGCUGGAUAGAAUAAUGGACUUAAGCAAGACGGCCGUGAUGAGCAACACUAUUGCUUUUGCGGAAGGAGUGGAUUUGGAGAGCAUCAACAAGGGGAAGGCCUCUCGAGUGGAUGUAAAGAAGCUGGAGAAGCAAGAGGCCAAGCUAAAGGCCAAGAUAGAGAAACGUUCCAAGAGAAAUCUCUAUGAAGGUUCAAAACUUCUGGACCAGCACAGGAAACAGCAAACCUACGAAGAAAUGUUCAUGAAGAUCAAUCCCCUUGACGCAGCCACGGCGUCCAAGAACAAGUCGAAGGACAUCCACCUGCCAUCUAUUGACGUCAAUUUCGGGUCCAACCGUAUUCUGUCGGGCGCGUCGCUCACCCUUGCACAUGGACGCAGGUAUGGCCUUAUUGGUCGCAAUGGUGUCGGAAAGUCGACAUUGCUGCGGCACAUCGCGAUACGCGAGGUACCUAUCCCGCCCCACAUCACAAUAUUGUUCGUUGAGCAGGAGAUUAUUGGCGAUGACACUACUGCGCUGGACUCUGUCUUGAAGGCUGAUGUCUGGCGAGACACCCUCUUGCGCGAGGAAGCCGUGUUGAACGCUAAGUUAGCAGAGCUCGACGGUGAGGGCGACGACAAGCGGUUUGAAGACGCGCGGGAAGAGGCCCAGACGCGUCUCGCCGAGGUACAUGCGCGCCUUGCAGAGAUGGAGGCCGAAAGCGGACCUGCAAGGGCAGCUGCGUUGCUUGCUGGUCUGGGUUUCAGUGAAGCCGAUCAGUCGAGACCGACCAAAUCGUUCAGUGGUGGUUGGAGGAUGAGGUUAGCUUUGGCUAGGGCACUGUUCGUCAAGCCUGCACUGUUACUGUUGGAUGAGCCUUCAAAUCACAUCGACUUGAAUGCUCUCGCAUGGCUCGAGGACUACUUGCAAACAUGGACGGGGACACUGCUUGUCGUCUCACACGACCGUGCGUUCCUGGACGCCGUCGCGACGGAUAUUGUCCACCAACAUUCUGGACGUCUCGACUACUACAAAGGCAACUUCACGCAAUUCUACUCAACGAAGUCGGAGCGCGAUCGCAACUUGCAGAAGGAGUACGAGACACAGAUGGAGUACCGCAAGCAUCUGCAGGCAUUCAUUGACCGGUGGCGAUACAACGCGAACCGGGCUGCGCAGGCGCAGUCGAAGAUUAAAAUCCUCGAGAAACUGCCUGAGUUGCAUCCGCCAGAGGUAGAAGAGACCGAAACGUUCAAGUUCCCUGAGAUAGAGAAGAUCUCGCCGCCAAUUCUUCUCUUGAACGAGGUCACGUUUGGAUACACGCCAGAUAAAAUCAUCCUCAGGAACAUCAACAUCAACGUUGAUCUUGAAUCGCGGAUAGCGAUAGUGGGCCCCAACGGCGCCGGAAAAUCUACAUUGAUCAAGCUGUUGACGGGAGAGUUGAAGCCGCUUUCUGGACAUGUAAGCCAGAACGGCCGGCUGAGAGUCGGCUACUUCGCCCAGCAUCAUGUCGACACCUUGAUACCCACCAUGACCCCCGUUCAGUUCCUUGCGUCAAAGUUUCCGGGGAAGACGGAGCAGGAAUAUCGCUCGCACUUGGGAAACUUUCAAAUUAGCGGUAUGACUGGACUGCAACUCAUUGGUACGCUGAGUGGAGGUCAGAAAUCGCGCGUGGCUUUCGCUGUACUAUCAUUGCAGAGAGCACAUGUGUUGUUACUGGAUGAGCCUACUAACCACUUGGAUAUCGAGGGCCUUGACGCGCUGAUGGCCGCACUGUCCUCGUGGAACGGUGGAGUUAUCAUCAUCUCUCACGACGAACGCUUUAUCACUACUGUAGCCAGGGAGUUGUGGGUGUGCGGCGAUGGAUCUGUGUCUAAGUUCAAGGGCGAUGUGCAGGCAUACAAAAGCCUCAUCGUCAGCGGCAUCAAGGCGCGUCCGUGA